AACUCUGUUCUAAUCUAGCAUUUUCGUAGUUGAAAAAACUCUACCCCAAAAACAGAAAACCCCUCACAUUCCUCCCUUCCCUUCUUUUUCCUUCUUUGCCCCUUACCAAACACAAUCUCUCUCUCCAAUUUCCUCCAAAAUUCAGAGAGAAAAUAAAAAAAAGAAGAAGAUAAUUUUGUUAUGUCAGACAAAGAGAGAGAAAAAAAGACAGCCAAGAAUUUUCUGGAAUCUUUGAUGGAACGAUCUUUUUUUUCCUUUUACACUUGGCUUUUUUGUUCAGAGAAGAGUCUUUUCGAAGUUUAUUGUUUGUUUUCGUUUUGUUUUUUUGCUCCUUGACUCGGUCAACGACCAAUAUGUGUGUGAUUUCGGAUGCCCGUUUUAGACCGAAUUGAUGGGUCAACGAUUCGUCAAAGUGGAAGAUUGAUGACGAUUUUGGGGAUUUAACUCUUCAAAUCAAAAGUGGAAAAAAAUUGAUGGAGCGAUUCAUCUCCGUUUGUUCAUGGUUGAUUUUGGUGUUGUAUUUGGUUUUCAGAGUUGCGGGAAAUGCGGAAGGUGAUGCUUUGAAUGCUUUGAAGGCCAAUUUGAUUGACCCAAAUAAUGUGUUGCAAAGUUGGGACUCAACCCUUGUUAAUCCUUGCACAUGGUUUCAUGUCACGUGUAAUAGUGAAAAAAGUGUAACAAGAGUUGAUCUUGGGAAUGCGGGUCUAUCUGGUCAAUUGGUUCCACAGAUCGGGCAGCUUAUGAAUUUGCAGUAUCUGGGGCUUUAUGGCAAUAACAUAUCUGGAAUAAUCCCAGAGGAGCUUGGAAAUUUGAUAAACUUGGUGAGCUUGGAUCUUUCCUUGAAUGCUUUAACCGGGAACAUUCCAACUACUCUGGGCAAGCUUCCAAAACUACGUAUCCUGAGGCUUUAUAACAAUAACAUAUCUGGAAUAACCCCAGAGGAGCUUGGAAAUUUGAUAAACUUGGUGAGCUUGGAUCUUUCCUGGAAUGCUUUAACCGGGAACAUUCCAACUACUCUGGGCAAGCUUCCAAAACUACAUACCCUGCGUCUCAACAACAACAAAUUGUCUGGACAAAUUCCUAGGUCCUUAACUACUCUUAAGUCACUGCAAGUGCUGGAUCUUUCAGACAAUCAGCUAGUAGGUGAUAUUCCAGUUAAUGGUUCCUUUUCAGUACUUACACCUAUCAGUUUUGUUAAUAAUCGACUGAAUAAUCUUCUACCUGCUCCACCACCUCCUAUCUCACCUACAGCUCCAACUCCAUCAGGUAAUAGUGCCAAUGGUGCUAUUGGUGGAGUUGCUGCUGGAGCUAGCCUGCUUUUUUCUGCUUCUGCAAUUUUACUUGCUUGGAGGCAUAGAAGGAAACCACAGGAUCAUUUCUUUAAUGUACCUGCUGAGGAGGUCCUAGAAGUUCAUUUGGGAAAACUUCAAAGGUUUUCUUUGCGUGAACUACAAGUGGCAACAGAUAACUUUAGCAACAAAAACAUUCUGGGUAGAGGUGGUUUUGGUGAAGUUUACAAAGGUCGCUUAGCUGAUGGUUCUGUAGUGGCAGUAAAAAGAUUUAAAGAUGACCGUACUCCAGGUGGAGAGUUGCUGUUCCAAAAAGAGGUAGAAAUGAUAAGUAUGGCUGUGCAUCGGAAUUUGCUACGUCUCCGUGGCUUUUGCAUGACCCCUACAGAAUGGCUGCUAGUCUAUCCCUUUAUGGUUAAUGGUAGUGUUGAAACCUGUUUAAGAGGGCGUCCGGAGUCUCAAUCACCACUUGAUUGGGCUAUAAGGAAACGGAUUGCAGUGGGAGCUGCAAGGGGGCUUGCAUAUUUGCAUGAUCAUUGUGAUCCUAAGAUUAUACACUGUGAUGUGAAGGCUGCAAAAAUAUUGUUGGAUGAGGAAUUUGAAGCAGUAGUUCGAGACUUUGGGCUGGCCAAACUGAUGGACUAUAAAGAUACUCAUGUGACAACUGCUGUUCGUGGCACAAUUGGUCAUAUAGCUCCUGAAUACCUAUCAACUGGAAAGUCAUCAGAGAAAACUGAUGUUUUUGGGUAUGGUGUUAUGCUUCUUGAACUCCUUACAGGACAGAAGGCUUUCAAUCUUGCUCGGCUUGCAAAUGAUGAAGAUGUCAUGUUGCUUGACUGGGUAAAAGGGCAUGUGAAAGACAGGAGGUUGGAAAGGCUGGUUGAUUUGGAUCUUGAGGGUAAUUACAUAGUCGAAGAAGUGGAACAGCUAAUCCAGGUGGCUCUUUUGUGCACUCAAGGCUCCCCAAUGAAACGACCUAAGAUGUCUGAAGUCAUCAUGAUGCUGGAGGGUGAUGGCUUGGUUGAAAGAUGGGAAGAGUGGCAGAAAGAAGAAAUGUUUGGCCAAGAGCUUAACCAUAACGGCUUGGCUGAAAGAUGGGAAGAGUGGGAGGAGGAAGAAAUGUUCAGCCAUGAGUACCCAACCGCCUGAAUACUAAUUGGAUAAUUUCAGACUCCACACAUCUCACAUCCCUCCUAGAUGACCACUUCUGCAAAUAGAAGGUCUUCAGGCAGAGUUGGUUUUGUAUUUUAGAUUCGCAUUGUUCACAUUUGCGCAUGUAGUUUUUCAUUUUGGUUUCUUUUUUGGCCCCAUUUAUCCUGUUUUUGUAAUUUAUAUACUACAGUAAACUAUUUUCGAUCAUUUCCUGACUUACAGCUAAUUUUCAAAAAGAACAAGAGUUCAACCUUUACGAAAAGGCCCGUUGUGAGGGAAAAAAGCCUCUUCC